AGAAAAAGAGUAUUAAAGACAAAACCGCCUCCUCACCGCAGGUAUUCGCCAAAUCUUCGUCAUCUUUCGUCCCCAACAACUGCAUCUCUCGAAGCAACGAUUUGCCGCUAUCUUUCCUCACGUGAGUUUAACCCCAUUCUCUGGUUUCUUCGUUAGUUUUGAGAAAUGGCAGAAGUGGAACAACCUUUUAGACCCCGCGAGAAACUUGUUGAGAAGCAAAAAAUUUUCCAAAGCAUCCACAAGCACACUUAUCUUAAAGGGCCAAUGGAUAAAAUCACCUCCGUUGCCAUUCCAAUUGCUCUUGCAGCUUCAUCCCUGUAUCUCAUCGGACGAGGAAUUUACAACAUGUCGCACGGAAUUGGGAAGAAAGAAUGAGGUCACUGUCUUGGCAACUAAAUUCAAACACUAUUAUGGUUCUGGACUCAUGUGAAUUUUGUUCUUGAAGAAAUUUUUGUUUAAUAAAUGCUAUUCGUCUAGUAGAAUACUGGAUAUGAUGCUCUGCUUUCUACUUUUUUUCUCGAUGUUCAGCUUUCCUUUCAUGAAAUUGUGACUUAGGGGAUGUGUAUUGGGAUACUGGUGUAUCUAUUAGAAUUGUUGAGCCACAUCCAAUAUUGAUAUGACUUGGUUUUACCUUCAACA